AUGCCUCCAACUGACCUACUAGGGGCCAGUAACCCAACCUCUCCACCGGAUCCUGAAUCUAUAAACCCAUCUCAACAAUGGAAUCCCCCCGAGCACGCGCCCAAGGUCGCAUCUGCACCCCUCUCUAAACACGCAACCCACCUCUACACCGUCUCCUACCUAAUCUUCUUCUCAUUACUGGGCACAUUAGCCCGCCUCGGCCUCCAAGCCCUCACAUUCUACACGGGCGCGCCCGUCGUCACAGGCGUGUUAUGGGCGAACGUGAGCGGCAGCCUGGUAAUGGGCUUCCUGAUCGAGGAUAAGAAUUUGUUUCUGGAGGAAUGGGGCGAGAAGCCAGUACAAGAUGAUAAAGACGCGCCACCAGAUGCACAAGCAGUUGAAUCCCACGCGAAGAAACACAAAGCUGUCAAGAAGACAAUUCCGCUGUAUAUCGGCUUGACGACUGGUUUCUGUGGUUGCUUUACGUCCUUCUCGUCUUUUAUUCGGGAUGUCUUUCUCGCGCUGGCUAAUGCCCUCCCGGAUCCGUCGCUACCUGCUGGGUCGUCCAUUGCGUCGCGUAAUGGCGGAUAUAGCUUCAUGGCGCUGGUUGCUGUUAUUCUGUUGACCGUAUCGCUGAGUCUAUCGGCGCUGAUCUUCGGAGCGCACCUCGCUCUCGCGUCGGCGCGCUUGACGCCUACUGUUCCUUUCAAGUUCACGCGAUGUGUCUUGGAUCGGGUGGUUGUCGUUUUGGCUUGGGGUUGCUGGCUCGGUGCCAUUUUUCUGGCCAUCUGGCCCCCAGACCGACACGAUGGCCCGGAUGUCUGGCGUGGCCGGGCUGUUUUCGCCCUUGUCUUUGCGCCCCUUGGGUGUCUGCUUCGAUUUUAUGCAUCGCUUCACCUCAAUAGCCGUAUUCCUACGUUCCCACUUGGUACGUUCACGGUUAAUAUCUUUGGAACUGUCAUCGAGGGUCUUUGCUAUGAUCUCCAGCAUGUCAGCGGGCUUGGCGCUGUCGUUCCUACUGCGUUGACUGGAUGCCAGGUGCUGCAGGGUGUGAUGGAUGGAUUUUGUGGAAGUACGACGACUGUCAGUACUUGGGUAGCUGAGUUAAAUGGGUUUUCUCGUCGUCGCCAUGCUUAUGUGUAUGGGGCUACGAGUGUGGUUGUGGCCCUCGGGUUCUUGGUUGUUAUUAUGGGUUCAUUGCUAUGGACUCGUGGGUUUGAUGAUCCUGUCUGUGGAUGA